UAGCUUUCCAAUUGAUUUCUUCAGUUAAUAAUUUAUAUUUUAAUAUUAUUCUGCCAUAUUUACAUUGCUUUCAGGGUUGUAUUCGACAGACUAUUAAAUGGAAAUUGCAAUGACAUAUCAACUUGACAUAAACAGAGAUGUAACAUAUGGAAACCUGCAUGUAUUAGGCCAGGUUUUGUAUCAUGACUGAUGAAACAUUCCCAUAAUCGUUUGUUCGUUUUGAAAAUGUAAAUUAAUUGGAAUAUACAGCUCCAUUGUGAGUCAGAAAUUCAAAUUUGAAACAAUGAGAUCAAGAAUGUCUCUGCAAUAUCAGUGCUUUUGAGGUUGUGUUUGUUUCGGGAAUUCAAAAUAUAAUGUUAUGAACUCAGGCCAGCAAUCACAGCGAUUCUCAGUAGGAGGUGAUGGGCGGAAGCGGCCUCUGAGUCCAUCUCAGACUGAACCUGGUGUUGUUCUGAGACGGCGAGGAGAGGAAACUGGCCUCGAGGCCUUUUUGCGUGCGCGCUCCAAAAAUACACAGCCUCAGGAAGGGUCCUGGAGGAAUUCUCAGUGUGUCACUAAUUCUCAUACUUCUGGUAAUGAAGUUUACAAGCGAACGUUGUUUACAGAGGUAGCUUAUCAAGGUCGGACUGAAAAACAUAUUGCAGAUAAAGAGAAUUUUCAUAAUCAUAAUGGUACAAACAAAAGCGGCAAUUCCGAUUCAAGCUUGACAUUCGAACAGACAAUGCAUGAUGUUCACGCCUCUGUUCAUCAUCAAAAAAAUUCAGGGAGUGAGGACUAUUAUGAUUAUGCGUGUGCUGCAAGACAAUCAUCUAACCUUGGACAUCAAACACCCCUUAAUUGCAUGCUACGAAAAGGAUUUGAAAAUGAAACCAGAAACAUUAUGGACCAUAACAUGUCGCGGUCAGAAGUGCUGACUAGCGAAGGAGUCCCUGAAAAGCCGAAAAGAAGGACAAGUAAACACAGCAGGAUUCCCUCUCUGGUGCAUGCUAAUGUGUUUUCUUCAAGUCAUAGGUUGCCGUUGUCGGAAGUUGAUUUAAACCGGACAUCAACACAUCAAAUGCAGGGUUGUUCAAGCAAUGCAUCUCAUUCAACUAUUGAAGAUCCAGUUUGUAUUCAAAGACGCCGUGGUCCAAGUGUUGCUACUACAAUUAAGAACAGACAAAGCCACAAUGUACAUGAGCAGACAGACGGAAAUCCUGUUAAAAAUUUGAAUAAAGAAUUCGAGGAUGCUGCUGACAGCACUUUCUCUGACGGUGAAGAUUUCGAGCAAGAUGAAGAGGAUGACCAUACUCCUAACCUCAACAUGUGGAAUCAGUAUAUGGAUCUUGGUCCUCCCAAUGUUACAUGUUCAAAGUGUGGUUCUCUUAUGUGGAAUGUGGAGAGAAAUAACAAGUCUAGCAAGGGUAGUCAACCAACAUUUUCGCUGUGCUGUCGGAAUGGACAAGUAGUCCUCCCUAAGGAGAAAAAGGCUCCCGAGCCUCUUCAGUCAUUGUUGGCGUCUGAUCGGAGGUCCAAGAAUUUCAAAAAAAAUAUCAGAGUUUAUAAUGCCAUGUUUGCAAUGUCCUCCAGUGGGGGUAGGGUUGACCACAAAAUCAAUCGCGGUGGUGCUCCUUAUUGUUUCAAAAUUAGAGGCAUGAACCUUCACUUUAUGGGAAGCCUACUACCGUUGGAGGGAGAAGCGCCGAAAUUCUGUCAGUUGUACAUCUACGACACUGAAAAUGAGUUAAAUAACAGGCUUAAUGCCUUUGGUGAUAAUGUCAGUGAAGAUAUUGAUGAAAGUAUUGUUGAGGAAUUACAGGGAAUGCUUCAUACACAUAAUAACUUGGUAAGACAAUUCCACACAGCUAGGGAACGUUUCAAGUCUGGCGAGCAAGAUGAGUUCAGGUUGGUUUUGGUUUCUUCCCAAGCAGCAAAUGGAAGGCCAAACAAUGUUGGUCCCUCCAAUGAAGUUGGUGGUUUAGUUGUUAAUCAAAACGAGGACACAUCUGGCUUCAGGGACACAGUUGUGGAGACGCGACAUAAGGAGUUGAAGAGAGUUUGGGAAACAGAUGUCUAUUUUAUGCAGCUUCAGUAUCCUUUGUUAUUUCCUUUGGGAGAAGACGGAUUCCAUACGAAAAUCAAAUUGGUGAAAAAUAAGCAGACUCAAAGGCCAGUUAGCGAAAACAGUGGAGAGUUUGGGGAUAUAGAUGGUGGAAAAAAGCAGCGUGACCACGUAUCAAUGAUGGAGUAUUACUCCUACAAACUCAUGAUACGCCCGAGUGAAGGACUGACGCCUCAUAUGGGUGGCAGAUUGUGGCAGCAGUACGUUGUUGAUGCCUUCACCGCAAUUGAGCAGUAUAGACUUGACUGGAUAAGCGGGAAUCAAACAACCAUUCGUUCUGAUCUUUACACUUCUGUGCGUGAUGCGGUCAGGAAAGGUGACAAUGACCCGAGUCAGGUUGGUAAGUGUGUUAUACUACCGGCUUCAUUUACAGGAUCACAGCGAUAUAUGUCACAAUACUUCAAAGAUGCACUGGCUUUGUGUCGCACAAUUGGACAUCCUUCACUAUUUCUCACGAUGACCUGUAAUACCAAAUGGCCUGAGAUAACUGAAAUGAUGAAGCACGUGCCUGGUGUAAAGGCUUCUGAUGCUCCUGAUGUCAUUGCGCGAGUCUUCAAAAUGAAACUUGAUCAGCUAAUAGAUCUUAUAAAGAAGAAGAAUUAUUUCGGCCGCUGUAUAGGCUUCAUGCACGUCAUUGAGUUCCAGAAACGUGGUCUUCCACAUGCACAUAUGUUGGUAUGGUUACACCCAAACGACAAGCCAAAGAGUCCUUCACAAAUUGAUAAAUUGGUUUCGGCCGAGAUUCCUGAUAAAGACGCUGACCCGGAGUGUUACGAGGCUGUUAAGAAUUAUAUGAUUCAUGGCCCGUGUGGAAAGGAUUUCUCUUAUUCGUCAUGUAUGGCCAACGGGAAAUGUACACGUCAUUUCCCAAAGAGGUACAAUAGCAAUACUUAUUUUGACGAUUGCGGUUUUCCCAUUUAUAAACGAAGGAAAACCGGGAACAAGGUCAGGCGCAAAGGACAUGACCUCGAUAAUCGGUUUGUGGUCCCAUACAAUCGAGAUCUUCUGUUGCGAUUCCAAUGCCACAUCAAUAUCGAAAUUUGUAAUAAUUCACGGUCGUUGAAGUAUUUAUUCAAGUAUUGUUUAAAAGGCCAUGAUACAGCAACAAUGAUGCUCAGGAAAAAGAGAGGAGCCUCUGGUGCGCGUAGUGAAAAUAAUAAAACUCGGGAGACAAAUGAGGUUAAGAAUUAUCUAGAUGGUCGAUAUAUUUGUGCUUCGGAAGCGGCUUGGAGGAUUUUUGGCUUUGAUAUUCACUCUCGGUGGCCAGCUGUUGACCGGCUUCCAAUCCAUCUUCCCAACAAUAAAUAUGUGAGCUUCAAAUCUGGAGAGAGCCUCCAGGGAGUUUGUGAUAGGGCGGAUUCCAGAAAUUCUAAGCUUGAGGCUUGGUUUGUGGCCAAUAAAGUGUAUCCCGAAGCCCGUAAUUACACCUACGGGGAAUUUCCAAGUCAUUUCACAUGGCUGCCACGUGAAUCUAGGUGGAAGCCGCGCCAAAGGGGGGAAGUGGUUGGCAGAGUUUCAGAAGUCCACGCCACCGCGGGUGAUUUAUUGUUCCUCCGCAUGCUUCUAAUGAGAAGGAAGGGAGUUAUGUCAUUCGAAGACAUAAGAACCAUCGAUGGUGUUCUUUAUCCCACCUUUAAAGAGGCCUGUGGUGCUCUUGGUUUGCUGCAGAGUGAUAAGCAAUGGCAUGAUGCGAUGGAAGAGAAUGCACAUUCAUCUUUAGCUCAUCAAUUGCGUGAAAUGUUUGUCAAUAUUUUAUGCUACUGCUCUGUUUCAGAUCCCGGAAAUCUCUGGCAGUUACACUGGCAGUCUAUGGCAGAUGAUAUUGAGCACAGGAGGCGGAAGGAUACCGACGACAAUUCUCUGCAGCUUUCUGAGACUGAUAUACAGAAUUAUACUCUUGCUGAAAUUGAGAAGCUUUUGAACGACGUUGGAAAGAGCUUGAAGGAUUUUCCGACGAUUCCUUUUCCUGAUGAAAAAUAUUUUCACUCUGAUGUUAAUCGACUUAUUGCUGAGGAAACCAGUUAUGAUCCCAGGGAAAUGUCUGUGCUGCAUGACCGUAAUCUUGCAAAACUGAAUGCAGACCAGAGAAAGAUUUAUGAUUCUGUAGUUGAAAAGGCUGAAAAUAACAGAGGUGGCGCCUUUUUUGUCUACGGCAGUGGAGGUUGUGGGAAGACGUUUUUAUGGCAAACAAUUUGUGCAAAAUUAAGGUCUCAACGUAAAAUAGUACUCCCCGUGGCUUCGUCUGGCAUUGCUGCUGUGCUUCUUCCCAGAGGGAGGACUGCACAUUCGAGGUUCCACAUUCCACUUAAACUUGAUAACUGUUCCACUGCAGGGAUUAAUCAUGGUUCAGAUCUUGCCGAAUUAAUACGUCAGACAAGCCUUAUAAUUUGGGAUGAGGCUCCAAUGCAGCAUCGUCAUGCUUUUGAAUGUGUUGAUAGAUCUUUGCGCGACAUAAUGUCUUCGGUUGAUUCACAGAAAGCUAGGAAACCUUUUGGAGGUAUUACUAUUGUAUUUGGUGGUGACUAUCGACAGAUUUUACCCGUGAUUCGCAAGGCCACGAGGGCCCAGGUUGUUGGAGCUGCUUUCAAUCGCUCUAAAUUGUGGCACAGUUGUGAAGUUUUUCUACUUCGCCAAAACAUGCGUUUACGUGAUGGCAAUACUCCUGAAGAAAACAAAAUAAUCAAAGAGUUUAGUGAGUGGCAGCUUGCUGUUGGAGAUGGUAGACUGCCUAACAUCGUGUCUGUUGAAGCUAAUUUUGAGACAAAGGUCAUGAUACCUGAGCAAUUUGUUGUCCGUAAUCAAGGCAAGCAUCCAAUUGAAGCUUUGUUUGAUAUUGUGUAUAAGGAUUUCGAAAGCAGUAAGAAUUCAAAGUCAUAUCUGAGUUCAAGAGCCAUUCUAACCCCGACCAAUGUUUUCGUUGAUGAUAUUAACAGUAGAUUCCUUGAAAAAAUUCCGGGUACAUGUCACACUUAUCUCAGCCAGGAUUCGAUGGAAGAUUCCGUUUCCAAGGAUAGCGAUUUUGAUGCAUCUUUUCCUAUAGAAUAUCUAAAUUCGCUUGAUAUGCCAUGCCUUCCGAAGCAUGAACUGAAAGUCAAGGUUGGAGCUGUGGUCAUGCUGAUGCGCAACUUGAAUCAAAUUUUAGGCUUGUGCAAUGGAACUAGGAUGUUGGUUACAGACUGUAAGAAAAAUAGUAUUGAGUGUGAGAUUCUAUGCGGUUCACAAAUUGGCACCAAGCACCUCAUUCCAAGAAUUGAUAUGGUUCCAAGUGACACUAAUCUUCCGUUUGAUUUCACAAGGACUCAGUUCCCACUCCAGGUAUGCUAUGCCAUGACGAUUAAUAAGAGUCAAGGUCAAUCACUUGAUAUGGUAGGGCUGUACUUGCCGAGGUCUGUGUUUUCACAUGGUCAGUUGUACGUGGCAAUCUCGCGUGUCACAUCUCCGAGGGGACUUCACAUAUUGAUUGAUGAUGACAACGGAGCCAGCACUAAUGUGACAGCGAAUGUUGUCUUCGAGGAGGUUUUUUACAAUCUGCCAAGCUUAAAUGAUUGAUAAAGUGAAUUCCAACACUGUUCUAUCUUGAUCUCCUAUAUGUAUUUCAGAAAAUUAUCAAAGUGAUGAUUUCUAGAGGUCCAGAGUAGUUAAUGAAGUAGGAACUGCAAUUUCAUAUCUACUGUAAAUUGACACACUCUUAUUCGACAGUCAUUUAACAAAGUUCUAAUCAGCAUUGUAAUGAUGGCAAGUAAUGUACCUCUUUCGGUUGAUACAGAGUUGGGAGUUCACAACUUAGUAAAAUAGGGCCUUUUUUUUGAUUUAUUGUACGUAUCUUUAGAAAUAAUUACUAAUUAUGAACGACGAGCAUAUGAUCAGAACUGGAACUUCACCAUUUUAGGCAAUGCAAUUGACAUUUACUAAGAGUCAUCACAGUGAUAUAAUACACACAUUUUAACACAGAACGAUACUAUAAAUAAAGUAAACCCUGCCUUGAUAAGACACACAGAUUGCUGUUUUCGCUAGACAUUAAGGAGGAAAUCGGUGAGCAUAGCACUUAGAUUUUCAUGCUCUGCACCUACUUCGUUUGCAGCAUCCUUCAGAUCCUUUAAUUUUUUGGUCCAUUCUUCUACAAAAGUCUCGAAUGCUGCACACAUCUCGGUUGUUUGAUCCUUUAACAAUCUUGCGUGUCCAUUCACGGAUGCUCUUGAAUCUUCCACGAACCUACCAACAUCUCCUUUGUAUUCUUCUGGCAGAGCAAAAGUUUUAUCUGUCGACGAACUACCGCCAUCCGCUCGCAAUCCGUCUUUGAGUAUAGAAUGUAAUUCUCUAAGUAUAACAGAUAUAAGUUAGACAAAGUUUGUAAAAAAUAUACCCGCGCUAAGAAAGUUAGUUACCCAGAUUUCUCUGCAAUGCCGAGCAUACGAGAGUAUAGUUCCGACUGCCUAUCUUCCAUGCUUUUGUACAUCAAACCAAAAUCUUCAUUUGCUGCUAUAACAUCAGUGUCCAGAUCAGAGGAACUUAAAUUCAGAGAUUGCACUUUGCUGACAAGCACGUCCUGCAACUCCAAGUAACGCUUUCGCUUAGCACGCCUUGACGACAUUGACGUUGAAUCUUGAACGCAAAAUGAUCACAAAUAUUUUCUAAUAUUAUAUGGAUAUAAGAACUGCUUUAUUUAUAGAGUGGAAUUUGUUUAUAGCGUCAUCACUACAAUCUGGAAAGACGUGUCAAUAAAACUGAUUAGCAGUUUUAAAACUGAAUCUAUUUUGAUAGAAGGACAUGUCUAUAAUGGUCGUUACCUGCCUUUAUAACAUUUUUUAAAGGCAGUUGACAUGAAUCAAUUUUUAAAACUGAAUAUAAAAGUCUUACCUGCCUUUAUUUUUAAAAUUAUUUUUACCAUACUUUAUGUACCCAAGUAUUUUUUUUUUCGCAGCAAUUGUUUGUUAAAAAUAGUAUGGACGUUAGGAAAUCCGUAUAAAAAAUUAAUAAUGUGUCAAUUUCAAUGUAUGUUAGUGUUUAAAAAAUAUAAGAUUCCCCGUUACAAUAUAUUUAG